AUGUGUCCGCCGAUCAGCUGUCGUUGGUAUUUUGUUUGUUAUUAAGUGCUGAUAAGUUCAGCGUGUGAUUUUUGUCUUUUUAGUUCGUAGAAUAUUUCCAUUGCUUUGAAGAAUGAUAUAAUCGUAAGGCAUCAACAAGUGCACGAAAAUUAGCAACUUAACACGGUAUUUAAGUUCGUCGGCAAAUGUUAUGCCAAGUUAUAACACUGUGGUUGCUUUUCUUAAUUGCCGUCGUUGCGUGACUGGUAUUUUGCUGAUAUCAGGGUAGUAUAGAUAAGGGUAGGAUUUCUGUGGUUUGCUGUAGUAGUUGUUUAAAAUAAUGAGCCUCAACGAGCCCUCUUCGUUUGAAUCUGCACGAAAUGCUGAAGCAGUGAAUAAAUCAGCAAGCCAAACAUCCUCGGCAACUACAACUCCGAAUUCAAGCAACAGCUUAAUAGAACCAUCAGAAGAUUCUUCCUUGAACAACGCCUCAGGUUUAUUUUACGGAGGAGAGUGUGUCACACUUACAACUGAAACGACUAAUUUCAGCUUUCGAGAAUUAUGGGCGUUUACAGGCCCCGGCUUCUUGAUGUCUAUUGCUUAUCUGGAUCCGGGAAACAUCGAGUCAGAUUUACAGAGUGGAAUUGUGGCAAAAUUCAGCUUGCUAUGGGUGCUACUUGGAGCUACGCUGCUUGGCUUAGCAAUGCAACGAUUAGCAGUGAAAAUUGGUGUUGUUACCGGGUUGGACCUAGCUGAGAUGUGCUGUAAGCAAUACAAAACAGUCCCACGUUUGAUACUUUGGCUGAUGGUGGAAGUUGCUAUUAUUGGAUCUGAUAUGCAAGAAGUAAUUGGAACUGCAAUCGCUAUCUACCUUCUCUCAUCUAAACGAAUACCAUUAUACAUAGGGGUUUUGAUAACUGUAUUAGAUACACUUUCCUUCUUGUUUUUGGAUAAGUACAAACUGAGACGCCUGGAACUAUUGUUUGGAUUUUUGAUCACUACAAUGGCUGUAUCGUUUGGUUAUCAGUACAUCGUUACUGAUAUACCGCAAAUCAAUGUAAUUGAAGGAAUGUUCCUUCCUUGGUCUUCUGAUUACCGCCCCGGUACAUUGCUGCAGGCUGUGGGUAUAAUCGGUGCCGUUAUCAUGCCGCACAACUUAUAUUUACAUUCAGCGCUUGUAAAGUCUCGUACAAUCAAUCGAAACAAUGUUAAAGAAGUGAAAAAGGCAAAUCGUUAUUACUUUAUAGAAGCAUCGAUUGCCCUUGCUGUAUCCUUUGUCAUUAACGUGUUUGUAGUGUCCGUGUUCGCUCAUGAUGUGUAUGGAAAGACUAAUCAAGACGUGAUUGACGCUUGCAGUAAUUCAUCAUUUGCGGAUGACAUUAUAUCUGCAUUUAUAGCAAAUAAUUAUACAGCCGAUAUCAACAUUUAUAAAGGCGGAUUAGUACUUGGAUGUUUUUAUGGUGGACUAUCAAUGUACGUGUGGGCUAUUGGUAUACUAGCAGCUGGACAAAGUUCUACUAUGACUGGCACAUACGCAGGACAAUUUGCUAUGGAGGGUUUUCUUAACCUGCAAUGGGCACGUUGGAAGCGUGUAUUGUUCACCAGAACAGUGGCAAUCAUGCCUGCGUUUUAUGUUGCUUUCUUCAGUAGAUUGGAAGAUUUAACUAAAAUGAACGAUAUAUUGAAUGCCGUGAUGGCUUUACAGCUUCCAUUCGCUGCGAUACCUACAGUCGCCUUUUCUUCAAGUUUAGCAUUGAUGAAAGCAGACUUUGUGAAUGGCAGACUUGAAAAAAUUAUCUCUAUCACACUCAGUUUUACUGUUAUUGGUAUAAACCUUUAUUUUAUUGUAGCCAAUUUAGAGCAAGUAAAUUUAACACCUUUGAUGAUCUUUGGCGUUGUUUUGUUCGGUACGUUUUACAUAGCUUUUAAUUUGUAUCUUCUAUUGCAUAUGAUGGUAAAUUUAGGAAAUAAAGCAGUAGCUUCAAAUUGGGCUAUAAAGCGGUUUGUUUUGGAUAAUAGCCAUUUGUUUUCAAAUCUGAAUGGCAAUGGAAUGUAAUAAUAAAGGAAUAUUUUUUUUGCAAUAAACAGAAUGUACUAGAUGUGAGUAGAAACCGUA